AGAAUGCUGAAAAACCCUAACUAUAUAUUCUUAUGCUUCCCCCUUUCUUCAAAAACCCUAAGAGCAGCAGCUAAGAACCGCCAUUGAAGGUUUUCAUCGCUUCGAGAUCUCAGAAGAGAAAUGAAGGUAAUCGCAGCUUACUUGUUGGCCGUAUUGGGUGGCAACUCCUGCCCUAAGGCUAAAGAUUUGAAGAACAUCCUUGGAUCUGUUGGGGCUGAGGCUGAUGAUGAUAGGAUUGAACUGCUGCUCUCUCAAGUUGAGGGCAAAGAUAUCACUGAGCUGAUUGCCGCUGGCAGAGAAAAGUUGGCUUCAGUACCUGCCGGUGGUGGUGCUGUUGCAGUUGCUGCACCUACAGGUGGCGCUGCUGCUGCACCUGCUGCUGUGGAGAAGAAGGAAGAAAAGAAAGUGGAAGAGAAAGAGGAGUCAGACGAUGACAUGGGCUUCAGUCUCUUCGAUUAGAAGAAUACAAAGAAUUCAGUGAACGAAGUAUCUCAUUUUCCAGCUGUACCCCUUGAGCGUAUUUUAGGAAGUUUCUUGUCUACUUACAGAUUUUGUUAGAACCUAAGUUUUCUUGGAAAACGUUGCUCAGGCAGACACUGAAAUUAUAGGUUUAUUUCAAACAUUCAGCUCUUUGUUCAAUAUAGCUAUUUUGAUCUUAUGUCAUUGAAAGAUACCGUGGCGUUCUCAUUUUUGGUGUUAGUGCCCGAACCUUAAUAGAAGCCUGGAAUUCUGAAUGGCUA